AAACGAUAACAAUUCUUUUGUUUUUGCACUUUUAAUAAUAAACUCGGCCUGAUUUCAAUGCAAAUCAUCAAUUAAGUGUAAAAAGCAUACAUUUUUUAAUUUCCGCCAAAAACCAACUGUCAAAUUGCACCUCGGCCGGAAAGUAAACAAAAUUUAGCAUCACAACAAACCGUAUCGAGCUGCAGAGAGCAGAACAUAAAUCGCGCUGUAAUCUAGAUCAAUUAAACGAUCGGCUUGUGAGAGGCGUCCCCGUCACAGCUGCACGCGACGCAACACAAUGAUUCCUUUCUAUCCUUCCCUGCAACCAUCACCGGCGUACAAUUUCUGGUUCUCCGUCGACGAAUCCUACGACGACGAUGCGGAAGUCAAUACGAUGGAGACAGAGCACACGGAAUGGUUGAACCGGAUCACGCUCAUCGGACAGGAGCUAACGCCGAUUGGCAAAAGCUCCAACGAGCAACACAUGGAAAAUAUGGACACGGAAGAUGAGGAUGCAAACGACGAGAGCGAUGAUUCGGACAACUCGGAUGAUGACGAUGACGAUAUGGAUGAUCUGAACAACACGCGUGGAAAUCUUCCGGAUGAAAUAACAGUCGUUACGGGUGGAUACAUGGGAGACGAUCUUCAACCCGCUGAUACGCUGUAGAUGGUCUCGUGGAUCUCUUAUUCCCUGUUCAAUCGUUACAAUAAGCUCGAAUUAAGUCGUAUUAAGAGAUGGCAUAUGGCUGAAAAAACUGUCCUUUUGUUAAUACACCUAUUACGUUAAGACACCUGAUGCCAGUGAAGAUCGGUGUUGUUAGAGGUAAGGUUAAGUUACAAAAUAAAUUGGAAAUAAUUGUCAUAAA